UCUCGCCUCUAUAAAAUGGGAUUCUGACAGCAGCCGGGCUGCGGGCGCCGCCGGCUCCUCCUGACCGCAAAAUGAAGCGUCUCUGUCGGAGACUGGCGGUGGCCGUGGCGGUGCUGGUGUGGCUGGGGGCGCUGGUUUACCUGCUGGUGCUGAGCCGGAGGAGGCUGCCGGAGCUCGGUACCGGAGCAGGGGGAGGAGGAGGAGGAGGAGGAGGAGUAGCGGGAGGCGGAGAGACAGCGUACAACCAGAUCUCGGAUGCAGAGUGGGAGGACAUGUUGGAGGGUUUCGAUGAGCGGAGUUACCUGAACGCUCGGCGCUGGAAGCCCGGUGAUGACCCGUACACCCUGUACGCCUUCAACCAGAGAGAGAGCGAACGCAUCCCCAGCAACCGCGCCCUGAGAGACACGCGACAUUACAGGUGCACUGCUCUUCAUUACGACUCUGAUCUUCCUCCAACCUCCAUCAUCAUCACCUUCCACAAUGAGGCCAGAUCCACCCUGCUGCGCACCAUCAGGAGUGUUUUGAACAGAACUCCGGUUCAUCUCAUCCAUGAGAUCAUUCUGGUGGAUGACUUCAGUGACGACGAGAGUGACUGCCAGCUUCUCACCAAGCUGCCCAAAGUCAAAUGUAUUCGCAACAGCAAGAGAGAAGGUCUGAUCAGGUCCAGAGUUCGGGGGGCCGAUGCUGCGAGGGCCGGGGUCCUCACCUUCCUGGACAGCCACUGUGAGGUCAACAAGGACUGGCUGCCCCCCCUGCUGCAGAGGAUCAAACAGGACCCAACCCGUGUGGUCAGCCCGGUCAUUGACAUCAUCAACAUGGACACGUUUGCCUACGUGGCAGCCUCGGCUGAUCUGCGUGGAGGUUUCGAUUGGAGUCUCCAUUUUAAGUGGGAGCAGCUGUCAACUGAACAGAGAGCUCGUCGGACCGACCCGACCCAGCCAAUCAAGACUCCCAUCAUCGCAGGCGGCCUCUUUGUGAUUGACAGGUCCUGGUUCAAUCACCUCGGCAAAUACGACACAGCCAUGGACAUCUGGGGCGGCGAGAACUUCGAGAUCUCGUUCCGGGUGUGGCAGUGUGGCGGCAGUCUGGAGAUCCUCCCCUGCAGCAGAGUCGGCCACGUCUUCAGAAAGAAACACCCAUACGUCUUCCCCGAGGGAAACGCCAACACUUACAUCAAGAACACACGUCGCACAGCUGAGGUGUGGAUGGACGACUUCCGUCUCUUUUACUACUCGGCUCGCCCUGCAGCGCGAGGGAAAUCCUACGGAGACAUCCAAGGCAGAGUGGAACUCCGCAAGAAGCUCAAAUGCAAAUCCUUUAAGUGGUACUUGGACAAUGUCUACCCAGAGCUAAAGGUCCCAGACGACUCCGACUCUCAGUCCGGGGUGAUCAGACAGCGGCAGAACUGUCUGGAGUCUCGCAGGGUGGAGGGCCAGGAGCUGCCCGUCCUCACGCUGGCUCCCUGCAUUGGAACAGAGGGGGUCCCCGCCAUCAACCAGGAGUGGGUGUACACUCACGGGCAGCAGAUCCGACAGCAGCAGCACUGUCUGUCUCUGUCCACCACCUUCCCCGCCUCCCAGGUCCUCCUGCUGCCCUGCAACAUGGCCGACGGCAAGCAGCGGUGGCAGAAGUCCGGGACACACCUGGAGCACCUCGUCUCUCGGUUCUGCCUGGACUCGGAGAUGGCUCUGGACGGGAUGGACUCCUCUCGGAUGCUGGUCAUCAGCCCCUGUGAACUGAGCGCGUACACACAGAGAUGGGAGGUCCCCUUCUCCUGACCCCGAGCCCCGACACCCAUUCACAGCCUCAAAGACCUGGACCUGGACCGGGACAGCUGCUCUGACAGCGACGAAGCACGAGCGCGUCGCGUCAAGGUGCUGCGCUGACGGCGGCUUUUUGAUCCUCUUCACUGUUCAUCACCGGAAGACGUCGAGCGUGCAUCCGUCGGGUCGGGAUCCAAACGUUUGAAGGAAGACACGCGUCAGAGCUGUUGGCUUGUUCUGUCUGGAGAUUAAAGUUUGGAUGUUUGAGGUUCAAGUUUGCAAAGAGUCGAACCAAGUGCACCUUAAACCCUGAGCUGUGAAGACCGGAGUGGGACAGAACUUAUCAAAGAGAGUGUCUGUUUUCAAGGAUGAACCUGGGAGUCAAAACCAAGCACAACCUUUAGUUCACUUUGUCAAACAGCUGUCACUGUCUUUGCUGUAGUAGAAACAUCCAGAUUCUUCUUGGGACCCGACCAGGAUCUCACCAGUGACAGUGAAGCCUCUUAGAAACUGACUUAUUGCUUUGGUUUUGUCUUUUUUUUUUAUGAAUUAAACACAAUCUGUUUCGUAUCUUUUUGCUCUAAAUUUCAAGAUUAAUUACUUACAACUUGAUAAACAGCACAUAAUCCCAAUGCACUCGUGAUUUGAAACCCAGCUGAUGAACCUCUGACCUGUUUCACCAAACAGGAUGUUCAGAGUCAAACCCCAAAUCUGAAAAAAAAAAAAAAAAAAAAGCUUCUCUAAUUUAAGUUUUAUCUUAGUGGCUCUCAGACUGCUUUGCACCAAAAGAGAGUAAAACACUGACAGAACCCACGAGCUAACACAGGUAAGUCCAGGUUCGUCCAGAUCGAGUCCUCACACUUUACUGUUUGGGAAAGUUUCUGUAAUGCUGUUAAAAUGAUUUUUAUCCAUUCUGUGACUUCAGAAACCUCCACACUGCUACUGUUCUGACGUAUUCAAAGCAGAUGAGACAUUGUGUUGUCUUCAGGCUGUAUACAUGACAAUAAUUUCCCCAUCAAACAUUUGCCCGCUGCAGCUUCUUUGGCCAUGUUAGCAUAUCACAGAAGAAGAGAGGAGUGGGAAAGACACAGAGGAGGGAACACUAAAGUCAGAUGUCAGACAGAGUAACAGGAGACAUGGAGGACGUGUGAGAGAGGACUGAGCAGAUACGCAGACAGAAAAGGGCUCCAGGUGUACAUAGAGACAAACAGGCACAACGAGAAGAAGCAGCAUGCAUGCAGCAUGCUUCAUACUGUCUGCUGCUGUGGGGGUCGAUCAGCAGAUUUCUGCAGGGUUCUGCAGCUGCUUCACGCUGCACGCCCCCCCGUGAAGAGCUGCUGUGCAUGUGAGAGUCUUUCUACGCAAGUUUUGGUUGUUUUUUUUUCCCACGUUCACUUUAGCACACUGGAGGAAAAGCUUUACUCGCUGUUCUGUCAGUGGCAAGAAACGCCCCGAUGACGCCUCCUUCAUGUCCGUCAUGUUUCUUGGGGAGUUCACAGCAGCGAUUGUGCUGUUUGGAGUUUGUUUUCAACACUAAGCGUUCGCUCUUUUGGCUGCAGCCGAGAUCCAACCAAACACAACCCGAGUUAACUACUGGACCACAAACUUUACGUUAUCGUCUCUGAACUUCCAAAACCAUCAUUUUGCUAAAAUCGCAGCCGGUUUCUAAUUAUGGAAACAAAUUCUGCAGAAAUUGUGUCCCUGUUUCCUGUGUUUGA